CAGACCAUCAGGAUCAAUUGUUCUGCCUUUUUUGAAUUAAAAAAGCUUCCCUGGCCUUACGGAUAGAGUCUCGGUUGGAAAAGAUUUUUUCGAUGGGGGUUGAUUGCAUGUCGUUAGCAGUGUGGUUUGGAGAAGACAGGAAAUGUUCUGCGGCUGUAGUAGGUCCCAAUGUAAAAUUCUCAUUGCACCUGAAGAAGGCUGGUUUGGCCAGCCGAAAUAUUGUACACCUUCAAAAAACCAAUUUACGUUGUGUCGGUUUCUGCUUUUGUAUACUUCAAGAAAACCUGUUGGAGUAACAAUUGCAAAUGCUCUUCUCGGUAAAAAUUGAUUUUAAAAGCUUGAAAUACGAGCCUCUGCCCAUUUUCAUGACCCUUAACUUUUGAUCUUCUCGCUAUCGUGUAAAAUAUCUUGAAUAUUUUAAGGUAGAUAUCAGUCGCAUCAGCAUCAGUUUCUCCUGCCUCACACUCACUGGUCAAAUAUCAGCCUCUCUCAUCUCUUGAUAAGACUUUUUCCGCUGGAUUUCCGGCUAAAAGCGCCAGAAAAGGCUAAUUUCUCAAGCCGCAACAUCUCUUUCAUAAUGCGUCAAGAUGUUCACCCAGGGCAUUCGGGGUUAUCGACGCAGUUAUUUGUGACAUAAUUCGCGUUAAGAAUGCGACGUGCUGCAAAUUAAUUAGCGCUACGUGGUUUUUGAAAGACAUGUAAUUUCAGUCGGUUUCCUUCCAUAUCCUUCCUGUUUUCGAUACAUAUUUAACGCUUCAUUAUCAAAGAAACACUUUGAAAGACUUUUCUUUAACCACGAUAAACGUUUCGGUAAUAAAUUAACAGUAGCUUGUUUUAGUGAUUAGCUCCAGCGAAAAUGAGUGCUGUCACGUAUGGAGUGUUUUUUAUGACCUGUUAUCAAAAUCGAAAUCGCAUAUUGUCGCAUAUUGAUUGAGUGAACAUUUCCUUUCAAAAACCGAGAGAUUACGCAGACCUGUUGGGGCCAAUUUAGACAACACUCAAAUUAGCUAUCGCGUCAAUGUGGAGUAAAGGUUGUCCACCGAAAGCUGGCGAGAGAAUUAAGACAAUUGUUCGUUUGUCAGAGAAAAGAAGUCUCAGCGCAUGCCUAAGAAGUAUUAGCUGAGCGUCAAACUUUAGAAGCCAAGCUCAAAUCACAAGCAUAAAGUUAAAACAUGGAUAAUGCGUCAAUAGAACCGCAGACCACGACCCAGACAUCGAACAUCAAUGAAAGGCCGAGACUUCAGCAUGAUGAUCCGGCAUUCAUAGCAUAUAUUGUGGUCAUGACCAUAAUCUUGGCAGUUGGUUUUGUCGGCAAUGUUCUGACGAUAAUUAUCUUACGAUACCGAGAACACAGAAAGAAAAAUAUCACUCCACUCAUGAUCAACCUCGCGGUGGCUGAUAUUAUUAUCAUCGUGUUUGGUUAUCCCGUAGUAGUUGCCGCAAACAUCUCCUCAACUGGGCUUGAAAUUAGCAGCACGUGUGUGUGGUCAGGAUUUAUCAACGGGUCGGUGGGAAUCGCAUCCAUUGCUAAUUUGACUAUGAUGAGCGUUGUGAUGUACUCCUCAUUUAAGAGGCUCGGCAACAGGAAAAAAAUUCCAAGAAACAAAAUGGCGGCUAUGAUCGUCUUCACGUGGUUGUACGGAAUAAUGGCCAUGAUUCCACCGUUAGUGGGUUGGAACGAGUUCGUCCCAGGCGCCUCUGGAGUCAGCUGCUGUCCAAACUGGGUACCUGAAACAAAGGCUGGAGUGGCUUACAACGCCAUGUUGGUUUUUGUUGGCUUUGUAUUUCCGCUGAGCGUCGUUACAUUUUGUUACCAUCGGAUUUACAGCUUUAUUCGGACACAGCAACCCACGACCGAGAACGCUUCACUUCAGGCCAGCCGGAGAAAAUCCCAAAUCAAACUCUUGCGUAUGAUUGCCAUGGCGAUUGCCGCCUUCGUCUUGAGCUGGUCUCCAUAUUGCUUUGUGAGCAUCAUUGCCACCAUCCGGGGUACUAACACGUUGACCCCUGGCGAGGCCGAAAUCCCGGAUUUGCUAGCCAAGGCCUCAGUCAUCUACAACCCCAUUGUUUAUACUGCAAUGAAUGACAGGUUUCGUGCUUCUUUAUUGCGGAUGAUCCCUUGCUGUCGAUAUUUUGCAAGGGAUAUUAACCCGGCGGCAAAUACCCCCACAAAUUCAAAGUCGCGCGAAGAAAAUGGUAAUGAUCUUAAAAGGAAACAGUCCCAAACCGAAGUGUGAUGCAAGGAUCCUGCAGAAUGCUAUUACAUUUUCAGGAGCUGUUUCCCUGGAAGAGCAUCUUUAGUGUUUUCGUUUUGGCAGGUGGCUUCAAAUUUCAGGGAAGAGUGUACCUCUUUCCCUGGUACGUGAAGGAAGCCCACAGCUUCCGGUGGGUUGUACUCAGAUCCUAAGCCGCUUAUGAAACACGUAACUAUGGGAGUGCGAUCGAAUUUCAAGAUAUUUCAUUGCAUGGACGCCAUUCAGGCUUUGCCAAGGCUCAAAUAUUUUAAUUGCAUUGUGCGUUAAUUAUCAGGGUCUAUGGAUGUAGUCCAACUUCCCUAACUCUCCUUACUGAUAGGACUCGACGUUUUCCCUGGCCAAAACCCGGAAAUUUCGAUUGAAAGUAAAAAGGAACAGUAAUUUUCGGAAAAUCCGCUCGGGAAUUAUAGACUACCUUCAGAGGUACUUCUUUUUUCCGUUCGGAACGGAAAGACGAGAAAUUCCUAAUUACGAUUUACUGAAUUCUCGAAUUUCCAGUUUCUCGUCUACAAACCAUAACUGGAGAUCAAAUUGUAAACGGUUAGCGCCAUCUCGUUCGGUUGGUUUGCUGAUUUGAAGAAACCCUUAUCACUAUUCAACGGCCAUCCCAACCGGUUAUUCCAACAAAUAGAAAGCGCCCUAAGAAAAUAAGCAGAUGUGGUUCAGCUUGUUCCUCUCAAAAGAUACUAGAUCCCAGUAAGAAAAUCAGCAUUAGUACAGUCGAGCCACGGACACCAAGGGACUGGAACUGAUUGUCUGUAUUAUGUAGGAGUUCGUAUUAUGACACAAAUUUGGGGGUUGUGUACUGGUGUCAGCAUACCGAGGGAUAAUCAUUGUACUGCCUUUCUUUACGAGCCUUUGCUUAGCUGUGUAUAUUGCGGUCUUUUAUAUCGGUCCUUGUGCAGCACACACGAGGACAGAAACCGUUCUAGUGAUGAACUAUCGACAGAGAAAAGAGGUGUCUUUAAAUGAAUUCGCACGAUUGGUAGAUAGUAAUUUAAAUAGUUUGUGCAUAGAAUGAUGAUGGUAGUUACUGACAAUACACGAAGCAAAGCCCUUGUUUUGCAGGUAACUUGGAUUCGUUUAAAAAAAUACCAAGCCUUUCUUUCCUAUACUUUCAAUGUGAUCAUCCGAGCUACGGUUUUUGUUGAUACACAAAACCUUAUCCUCGUCGGCAACAUAUUGUGCAGUCGCUAUUCUUAAUCGUGUUACUAAAAAAUCACAAUGUGCGUAUUGGCAAUCUAAAUAAAACCUGAUAACUGUGGUUGUUUCACAUCAUUAAACGGCUGCGUGUUGUAAUCACCAUAAUGAACGCGAACAGUACUAGACUGAUUAAAAAUGGAGGAGUAACCAGGAUUACAAAUCAUCUUAUGUUUCUCUAGAUAGAUCGGGAGAGAUAGAAACUUUAUUAAAGUGCUAAUGCUUUGUA